UAUAUACAUCGACCCGUUCGGCCGUUCCCUGGCAGCUUCAUCUUUUGGCGUUCUACUAAAAGCCAGUAUUGGCUUAUCAUCAAUUUCUGGAAUAAAAGAGUGAGAUAAAUAUCAUCCGCCAACGGAGUGGCGAAGGGGACUCCGGUAGCGAAGCAGGGGAGAUUUUUUCGCGCUCGUCGCCAAAUGCUGGGCGCCAUCUCUUUCCCAAUCCCUUCUUCUUCCUUUCUUCCCCCUCUUACCUCUAUCCCCAACCCUAAUUCCGCACGCGGUCGCCUCCUCCUCCUUCCGGCCAAACCCUCCCGCCGCGCCGUCGCAUCGCUGCCCGACCCCUCCGAGGGAGCCAAGGUGGAGUACACGCCGUGGCUCAUCGCCGGCCUUGGUAACCCCGGGAACAAGUACCACGGCACCAGGCACAACGUGGGAUUCGAAAUGAUUGACCGUAUCUCGCGAGACGUGGGGAUUUCUUUGAAUACGAUCCAGUCCAAGGCGCUGAUAGGAAUCGGUGCGAUUGGAGAAGUGCCCAUUCUGCUCGCGAAGCCACAGGCCUACAUGAACUACACUGGAGAGUCCGUGGGGGCUCUUGCUGCAUAUUACCAAGUACCACUGCGACAUAUCCUACUGAUUUAUGAUGAUAUGAGCUUACCAAAUGGUGUCAUGAGGCUUCAACCUAAGGGUGGUCAUGGGCAUCAUAAUGGGGUAAAGAGCGCCGUGGAGCAUUUAGAUGGUUGUCGUAACUUUCCUCGCCUUUGCAUAGGGAUUGGAAAUCCACCUGGGAAAAUGGAUAUGAGAGCUUUCCUGCUACAGAAAUUUAGUGCAGAGGAACGUGAGCAGGUGGAUGCUGCUCUGGAUCAAGGGGUGGAGGCUGUGAGGACUCUUGUAAUCAAGGGUUUCAGUAGUAGCAUUGAUCGAUUUAAUUUGGUGCAGAAGUACAAGCACCACAAAGUUUGAGAUUGCCAGCCAGAUGCUUUUUUGGGGAAGAAACUUGUGCAAAGUCUGUAUGAGCUGAUGCAUACACUGAUCCACCAGUCCACAAAUUUGGAGGGUUUAACAUUAUCAACUUUAAUGUGUAUCACCAUUGUAACGCAUGCAUGCAUGCACGAGAGAGAGAGAGAGAGAGAGAGAGAGAGAGAGAGAGAGAGAGAGAGAGAGUAUAAUACUGUCUUGUAGAGCAAUGUAAUCUUGAGAAACAGCAAGCUGAAAAGCUGUUUUGCUAUGGUUUUAGGAUAGACUAUCUAACCGAAUGGACCAUUUCUUUCAUCCAUUCAACCAUUCUUGAGGUUAUGCUCAAACAGACUGGAACGUCACGAAGCCAGUUGAGUUGUCCUCAAGAUCUCAGCCAAUGCCGAAAAGAAAUAGGUGACUAUCUUGUUAUUGCAAUAAUGUCUGAUGGGGGAUGAAAAACAUCAAUAUCUGAAACUCAGUUUCUCAGGCCAAAAAAAAAAAGAAAAAAAUAUGGCACUUGCCAUGCAUGUAUUGCUCCUUUUUCGUGGAAUGCAUUUUUAUAAACCUUGCUGUGUA